GCAUUAGAGCUCACUCUCUCUUGUGCCGGUCAGUACUGACGAAGUGUCUGCUCGUCUUUUUUGUCCUCUUGCUUAACUAUCAAGGAUUUUGCUGAAAUAAUGGCCAGUUUAAAAAUUAGAGACUAUGACAGUAUCACAUCUUUUCUUGGAUCUUGGGGACCUUUUCAGCGAAGGAUUUUUUUAGCACUGGCUGUCAGCAUCCUCCCCAACGGUUUUGUUGGCAUCUAUAUAGUAUUUGUAGGUGAUACCCCACCCCAUGAGUGCUAUAUCCCUGAAAACUAUAGCAUCAGUGAGAUGUGGAGAAAUGUGACGAUCCCACUGGAAACAGUUAAUGGCAUUGUAAAGAGCAGCUCUUGCUCAAGGCUCAACCUGGAAAUUGUCAGGAACUAUUCUCAGAAUGAAAUCAUCCCAAAUGUGGAUGUGAAUGUGAGUGAAAUUCCUUUGGAGAGUUGUCUGGAUGGGUGGACAUACAGCAAAGAAAUCUACCAGUCAACUAUUGUCACAGAGUGGGACUUGGUAUGUGAGAAUGGAUACAAAAUUCCGCUGUGCACAUCUAUCCAUUACAUUGGAGUGCUGGUGGGAGCACUUCUCUCAGGCCAGAUGUCUGACAGGUAUGGAAGGAAACCAGCACUCUUUACUAUGAUGGUUCUCCAGACUGUGGCCAUCACAGCGCAGAUAUUCUCCCCGAAUUGGGAGGUUUUCAGCUUCAUUUUCUUCUUUGUGGGUGCUGGGGGAUACUCCAACUAUGUCAUCGCAUUUGUGCUUGGUACAGAAAUUCUAUGCCCAAAAGCCAGAGUGGUCUUCUGCUCCCUUGGGGUUUUUAUGGGUUCAGCUGUGGGGUACAUGGCAAUGCCUGCUGUGGCCUACUUCCUCCGUGACUGGAGGAUGCUGAUGAUUCCCAUGGCUGCCUGUGGCCUGAUCUACGUCCCUCUGUGGUGGUUAGUUCCAGAGUCUCCCCGCUGGCUGCUGGCUCAGGGACACGUGAAGGAGGCUGAGGCCAUACUGAGAGAUGCUGCCAAGGAAAAUAAUAUAGAGGCUCCACAGGCCAUUUUUACACAGGCUGAGGCUGAAGAUGCAUUGGCUAUGAAAGAAAAGAAAUACAACAUUUUGGUCAUCCUGCGCAGCUGCAAUGUAUUCUCUAUUACAUUACUGUGUUCAUUUCUGUGGAUCAUUAUCACCAUCAGUUACUUCGCUUUAAUCCUCAAUACAUCAAACCUGCAUGGAGACCCUUACCUGAACUGCUUCUUCUCUGCUUUGACUGAGGUGCCAGCUUACAUAGUUGCCCUAUUCCUGCUCCAGCACUGCUCCAGGCACUUCUGCCAAUCCUCUUCACUCUUCCUUGGAGGCAUUAUGAUCCUCUGUGUUCAUCUCAUUCCAAUAGGUUUACCAGGUGUGGCUGUGUUUCUUGAGAUGCUGGGGAAGUUUGGCAUCACAUCUGCAUUUUGUAUUGUGUAUAGCAUCACAUCAGAGCUCUUCCCCACUGUUAUUAGAAAUUCAGCAAUGGGGUGUUGCUCCAUGGCUGCUCGUAUUGGAACAAUCAUCUCCCCUUUUAUCAUUUACCUGGGACAAUACUACAAGGCACUGCCAUACAUAUUAAUGGGAUGUUUAGCCAUUUGUGGUGCCAUCUCAUGUCUCCUGCUGCCGGAAACUUUUGGGAAGGCCUUGCCAGAGACCAUAUCACAGAUGCAGCAGAUAUGGAGAUGGAGAGGGAAAAAAGCAAAAGAAGCUGAAAAUGGAGAAAGCACAGCUGAAUACCAGAGUAAAGAAUCCAAGCUAUAAGUUGUUGUGAAUUUUGUUUGUUUGUAUUGUGUUUAGUUGAAUGGUCAUACACUGCAACUACACAUAAAGUGACUAAUUUAUCUAUAUUGUAAUUGUACUUGUAACCUUUUUAACUUAUUGUAAAGCACAUACAGUCAUUCAGUUUUAAAAAUUUAUUAAUAAAUAAAAUUUUAACUGUAGACUUUAUUAGUACUGUGGCAUAUUUUUUGGUUGAGGGACUUUAAGUGUGUGCAUUCUACCAAAAAUAAUAAAUCAAGUGUAAAUAAAGGGACAUAAAGAGAACAUAAUCUGUACAGAUUAGAAAAACAAGGGAACAAUUACAUUAUAUACAUUAUAUAGUAUACAGGUGAUUGCAAUCAGUAGGUUUGCAUCUGAUACUUAUUGACAUGACUGAUGUUUAAGGUCUUUCUUGGCUACGAAUGACUCGUCAUGACAUCUGUUUCUAUGGUGAUGUUGAUUACCCAGUUCAGUGAAUUGAAUAGCGCCUAUAGAUCACCCUGUUUAGUUGUUGGCAUGUAUGUUUUCUCUUGAAACAGAUGUAAAUACCAACUGUUAAGACAGAAGACUGAUUAAGUGAAAACCAACAAAAAUUAGGCUGCAGUGAUUUACAUGUAUUUACUCAUAUUAAUAUAAAUAGGCAGGUGUCUUCUGUCAUGAAACUGCCUUUUAACACCUGUCUAGAAUCGCUUAAUCCAUCAAAGUAUCUUGAUGCUAAGUCUGAUAUAAUGCGCACGAUUUUUGUUGUUGGGAUGUAACUGCUCAUUCAAAUCGAAAAUCUAAAUAGCCAUCUGUUAAAAGACCAGAGAGCCUCAUUUGUAAACUUGUGUUAAACUGAAACCAAAUAAAACACCUCAUAAUAUAAAAAAUC